GGAGGUGGAGUCUAUGGUAGAUCAACAACUCCAGCUGCAGGUCAUAAGCUGCUGCAACCAGGAAGGAACGACAUACAUCGACCUGAGGAAGCAGGAAGGACAGUCAACAUGAGCAGGUGUCUUAUCAGCCAGUCGGAGGUGCAAGGCUUCAUUGAGAGAUGUAUGACGGCUGUGGGCACCAAGCAGCAUCAUGCUCGUAGCCUGGCUGAGGUGCUGGUGGAAGGAGACCACAGAGGCCACUACAGCCAUGGACUCAACAGGAUGGACAUGUAUGUAAAGGACAUUAAGACGGGGAUCUGUGCCAAGGACGGUGAGCCGGUGGUAGAGAAGGAGAGUGCAGCCACUGCACUGGUGGAUGGGAAGAACCUCCUGGGUCCUGUGGUGGGAAACUUCUGUAUGAAUCUGGCCAUAAAGAAAGCCAAAGAAGUCGGCAUUGGCUGGGUGGUGGCACAUGGUUCCAAUCAUUAUGGUAUUGCCGGAUACUAUGCAAUGCAAGCUCUGAAAGAAAACAUGAUUGGCAUGUCCUUUACCAAUACAUCCCCACUGGUGGUUCCUUCACGUGGUAAAGAGUGCACUCUGGGCACCAACCCCAUCAGUGUGGCAGCUCCUUCCAAAGACGGAGACAGCUUUGUUCUGGAUAUGGCCACAUCAGCAGUGGCACUUGGAAAGGUGGAGCUGCACGAGCGGCGUGGAGACACCAUUCCCGAGGGCUGGGGCUGUGACGCUCAGGGAAAGCUGACAACCGAUCCCAAGAGAGUCCUAAACGGAGGAGGUCUGGUGCCGAUCGGUGGCAGUGAAACUACAGGAGGAUAUAAAGGCUACGGUUUGGGAAUGAUGGUGGAGGUGUUCUGUGGUAUCUUGGCCGGUGCCAAGUACAGCAAACAUGUCCGCACGUGGAAAGUAACGGAUCGCGUUGCUGACCUGGGUCAGUGUUUUGUGGCGAUUAACCCAGAGAACUUUGCUGAUGGUUUUAACGACAGGAUGUCUGACCUGCUGUCCAUCCAGAGAGGCCUGGACCCUGCUGAUGCAGAUAGUCCUGUUCUGGCUGCUGGAGACCCAGAGAGAAUGAAUAUGAAGAAGUGUGAAGAGAUGGGUGGGAUUCCCUACCACAUCAAUGUUGUCAACUACAUGAAUGACUGUGCAAAGAAUAUCGGUGUCAGCCCGCUGCUGCCCUGUGACAAGCUCCUCCCAGAUCAAUAAUCAUUCCAGCUGGAACUCUCAACUUGAAUGAAUCUGGCGCUGACUCCUUGGCUCCUCCACCGGGCAACAUGGGAAUGUGGCUUCAUGUACUGCAUGUUGACAGUCAUGUUUUAUUCAAUGUAAACACACUUAUUUGCACAUUUUUUAAAGGUUCAGUUGGAAAAAUAUAAUCAUGUUAAUUGAAAGGAAAAGAUCAAAAGUUCAAGGGACAUUUUGAAAACAUUCAAGAUGUUGUGUCUCUGUGAAUGAAACGUGCACAUCAUCUGUCUGAAGAUCUUGUUUACCAUCAGAUUUUUCUAAUGAGAAUGUUUCAAGAAAGACUGGGUGGUGAUGUUUAAAGAAACUAUUUUUUUAAAUACAUAAAAACAUUUUAAAUUCACUAUGGGACCAUAUUCAGAUUUUCUUUUUACUCUUUUAUCAUAAAACAGCAUUCAUUUGUGCCUUAAUAAACAGAACAAUAUCCAUAAACUUA